AUGUACUUCGGAGUAAUGGUCAAUGUAGUGGGAUUGAAGGUAAAGGAGGCGGUGAGGGAGGUGGGUGGACAGGGCGAGGGAAGUGGAGGGGCGAAAGAGGGCGACGGAGGAGGAAGAUGGGUUGAGGUGAGGCGGUUUAGGAGGUGGAGGGGAAAGGUGGAAAAUGAGGAUUUGGGUGAAGGCGCCGACGGAGGAGGUGAUGGAGGGGGGUGA